GGUCCCACACUGUUUUGCUUUUUCUUCUUUCUUUUUCCUUUUCUCCUACCAGAUUUUUGGCGUCUUUGUCUUUCGAAAAGGGCGAUGUUCUGUUGGAGUUCGGCAAGUGCUCUGGUUGGCUGAUGGGUCUGUAGAUGUGAGUUUUGAUGUAUUUGUGGGAGAGGGUGAGCUACAAGCGUCCUUCUACUCCACCAUCUUGCUUCUCCUUCUGCAAAUAUUUCUUCGUGGGAAUAGUUUUUAAAGCCAGUCUUUGAGAUUUGUUCUGACCCCAGGAGGACUCUUCUAAGCUGUCUUUUGCCCUAGUUCUCUCUAGUAAACUAGCAGACCUACAGCUAGCUGUUUUUAAUUGCUUACCACCAAAAUAUCCAUUGUUUUCAGAGCAUUCUUAAGUUUGAAUGUCCCCACGCUCUGUUUCAAAUAAAGUCAGUUAUCUGGGGGAGAGCUUUGGAGCUCUCAGUUUUUCUGGAUUGACUGGACAGAAUCUGAGUCUCUGUGGUGGAGCUGAGGGCAGGGACAGUGGCUCUUAUCUCUCAGAAUGACAUCCUGCUUAAUGAGCAGGGUACUGGGGUGGUAGCCUCUGGUCCCCAAUGCAGAACCUCUGCCCCAUAAGCAUGUAAGCUGGGACAAGGGUGAUCAGGGCCUCACUAUUCUCAGUCUGCCAUGCCUGGAGUCAAGCCUCUUCCCUGUGUGUAAAGGCUGGGUGGAGGAAGGGAGCCCCAGUCUCUUGGCUGCACUCAUCAGGAAUUUAGCCUCUGCAACUUGGAGCAGAGAGAGGAAACAUUGUUGGAAGAUGCUGGCAGCCUGCUCCUCCCAGCGAGAUGCCAGUGAGAUUAACUAGGAGCUAAGGGGGAAGGGAGCCCUAUUUUCUUGGCCACACCCACUUGGAUCAGAGCUUUAGUCAUUGCUCUGAGAUGGGGAGAAAGACGGGAAGGAGCAGUUUGUGGCCUAAGUGCCACAGACUCUCACUGUUUUAACUGAGAUUUAGUGGAUUUUCUUGAAUAAAGAGUUUUCAUUGGUAUUUUUCUCCCAGGUAAUUGUAAGGUAUAGCCAAGUUUGCAACUGGUGGUCUAGAAACCACAAGACACCCCAGGUGAAGAUAAAGAGGGUUUACUUGAAGAGGUCCUGAGACACACCCUCCAACCCCAAUGCAGACAUAGUGUCUUGCUGUCAUUGUUAGGAUCCUAAUGUCCCAGAAGCAACAGCCCAAAGAAUCCCUCAGCUUCUAGGAAAUCCUCAAAAUUUGUCCCUGCAAAGCAUUGUCACUUUAUUGUAAUUUGAAGCCAGUUCCUAAAGUCCCACCUGGGGCAAGCAUCCAGUAGGAUUUGCUGUUUUUUUAGGUGCUCGGGAGUGGGGCUGCCUCUUUCUGACCACUGCGAUUGGAAGGCAAGUGGGCUACCAAAGGAGGUUUCCCUGGAAAGGGGGAGAGGUUCUUCUGGGUGGAGAAUCUGCAUUUUUGUUCCUCCUUGAAGGUCACUGUGGUCCCUUCCUACUCCAUCAUAGAGGUUGCCAGGGGAAAUACCUGGAACGUCUAGCGGAGAGGGGAGAAGGUCGUUAGAAGCGGGCAGUGUGGCCAGAUACGCCUAGAAUUGACCCUGGGGCCUCACUAGCCCUCUGAUAAGCUUGGGGUCUGUUUUCCUUGGAGAAGGGGUGAGAAUGUGGAUGGUUCAGUAAACUCAACACUGGUUUAAGCAACAUUUAUUGCUCAGCUACUUGACCAGAGUCACACGGCUGAUUUGCAGCGCACCAGCUGCACUGCAGGUGAAAGUGUAAGUGAAUAUACAGUCUUGCUGCAGGGCAGCUUGGAAACAUAGCAACAGCUAAAAAAUGUUCAUUCCUUUCACCUAGUAAUUCUACAGCUAGGAAUGCAUCCUGAGAUGAGCCAUUUUGUUUUCUGCAGCACUUGUGGCAUGCCAGCACACCCAUUAUGACGUUGGCUAUGGUGGCGUCAUACGUUUAGUAUGUGGACUGACCAGCUAGCUUAUAACGAUGCUAAGAGGCACAAAACUGUAUCCGCUGUAUAUACACAUAUCCUAACAGACCGUGAUUUCCGUGGGUGGCGGCACUGUGAUUUUUAAUAUCAUCAUUGUCCUUUUUUCUUUUGAUGAUGGUCUGCACUUAACUAAUGUUAUAAUCAGAAACAAAAGCUAAGUCUGGUGGAGAGGGGAGCUAAGCCUGGUGGAGUCUUGCUGAGGUUCCAGGACGAGCGGGGAGGGCGGGCUCGGAGGCACGUGGGUUCCGCCCCCCCAGGGAGGCCAACUGCCGGCCCCCUCGCCUGGGAGCUAGCCUUGGGCCCCGAGGCCGGGUCCGCAGCGCCAGCGGGAACUCCACGUGGACCAUGAAGAACGUCCCCCUGAAGGCCACCCACAACAACUUGGCACAGGGGCCCAGGUGCGCAGGGAGCAGGUGUGCGGGCGGCGGGGCGCGGGAACCGCUGGGGCCUCCAGGAGGGGCGGGGUCUGGAGCCGGCAGGGCUUGGCCGGGGCCUGGGUUCCCUUCCCCAGUGUCCUGCCGACCAGCCCGCCCUGGCCCAGCUCCAAAAACGCCUUGGCGCUCACUCCCGCCUUCCUCUCCCGAGGACCCCAGCUUGCUGAGUCAAGUGGAUGAAUGCGACCAGAGGAUGAUCGGGAGCUCCUCCCAGCUGUUCGCGGCCUCCCUGGGCAACCUGGAAUGGCUGCGGAUGUGUCUAAAUCUGAACCGCGGAGAAAGGCGACCGGAUGACAAGGGUUUCACUGCCAUCCACUUUGCAGCCCAGAGCGGCAGGCUUGCAUGCCUGCAGGUCUUGGUAGAGGAGUACAAGUUUCCCGUGGACCUGCCCACCAACAGUGGCCAGACACCCCUGCACCUUGUCAUCCAAUGGAACAACGAGGCCAUGGCCCUCGCCUGCAUUCACUAUCUGAUUACGCAAGGGGCGGCCCUCAACACUCGGACACGCGACGGCUCCACACCCCUGCACCUGGCAGCCCGCCAGGGCCUGCUGAGCUGCGUGAAGCGGCUGGUACAGGAUGGCGCCAAUGUCCAUGCCCAAGAUGCCAUGGGCUGCAAGCCCAUUGACUACUGCAGAAUAUGGAACCACCGCGACUGUAUCCGGUUCUUGAAGGAUGCCAUGUGGAAAAAGGACAAGAAAGACUUUGCCCGUGAAAUGGGGAAACUGAAGCGGCUCAAGGACCAGCUGGUCCUCAUGAAGCAGGACUUCCUGGCUGAGAAUGAAACAAAGCAGCAAAUUUUGAGAGAAGCUAAUUUCAAGAAGUGGCUCCAUCGCAAGCAGCAGCCCCAACGACAAUCCCUGGUCCACAGCACUCAGCAAGAGCCCCGUACCCCACCCCGGGCCACCGCCCUCUCCAAGACCCCCAAGCGCGGGGACCUGUGGCCUCCCAAGGGCUUCCACCUCUCCCCGAAGGAACGCCUGAUACAGAUGGGGCCCAAGCCGCCCUCAGUGACUCCCGCUGCCAUCAGCAAGCAGCUCACCGUCAGGCGGCCCAAGGUGUGGAAUCCCAGCAACAAAGUUGCAAGGCCCCCCACCACCCAGAUCGGCUACCCGCAGGGCAUCCGCCUGGGCGUGCAUCCCGACCCUAGCCCAGAGCAAGACUUCAGCAACUUCCUAAAGAUGAGGGCCGAUGGGCACGGUGGUGUGAGCCUGUACACCGUGUCCGGCCACCAGGUGGCGCCCGUGCCUCGGCUGCCUUCAGAGGUGAUCAUCCGUGAGCUGUUCCCUUCCCUGCGGCCACACAGGAUGAAGGUGCCCCAGGACUUUUGCUCUGUCACCUUGAGAGACAUCCCCCAGAAGCGGCGCUUGGGUCCAGAAAGUAGUGAUGGCAACUUAUGGACCGACACUGUGACCAUGUGCCUGCGAGAGACAUGUGACGAAGCCUUCCUAGCAGCUGUGCGAGCCCAUCAAGGGCUCCCCACUCUGCCCUCCCCCAGACCACCUCCCACUUAAACUUAUUU